AACUCAUAAUUUGUAAUUGUCAUUCCUUAUUAUGACUUUUUUGUGAUGUUUAUUUUCACUGUUUUCUAUGUAUAUUUCUUGAAUUCUGCCUAGAUCUAAUCCAGGAUGAAAUGUAAUGAAUUCGAAAAAAGUAAAUCUCGCCACAUGAACUUGGAGAAUUUGGAUAAAGCCUUGCACGACUUGGGCAUGCUGAGUGCAAUAACCGAAGCGCGGCGCGACUAUUUACGCGAAUCAAAGACUAAUUACAGCGUGAUGCGUCUCAACACACGAUACGUUUCUAACGUGACCGUGGGCUAUUGUAUGAAAAGGGCCACGAACAAAAACAGACUCUGCCCGUACGUAUUGCCCAUUAGACACAGAACUAAGAGUGAAAACUCGGAUGCGAUCGGUAGUGACGUGAGCGAUAGCGGGUGCGAGUUCAAAGCGAGUUUGUUAGAGCCGUCGACGAGCGGGUACAACCACGAGUGCGGGAGGAGCCCGGCCAAGCGCUGCCAGUCGCUGGAGAACCUCAACCUCGCCGCGGAGGUGCCGGCGCGCGGCGAGCCCUCGCCCGACAUGGAGUGCGUCUCCACGCGCAUCCAGAAGCUGCAGGUCGAUGAAUGACAUCACUCACACGCAACCACCUCUAAAUCUAGUGUGAUGACCUUCGAUUCGUAUUUACUCUAAGUUAGAGUGGCGGAGGUUAGAAAAAUAGAAGUAGUAUUCAAGUGAUCUAAUUAAUGUUGAAUAAUGUAUUUUUCAGUGUGUUUAUACUGAUGCAUGGAUAAAAACUGUAGAAGCUGAUUCUAAAUGUUCCUAGGUCCUCGAUGUACUUGAGUUGAUUUUGCAUGUAUUAUCCACCCCAUCGAUAAAUGAUAGUGCAGCUACUUUCAUUAAUGUUUAAGCGAAUUGCUCAAAAAAAUAUUUGGAAUUGGUACAAAUGUCGGAUACACUUUGUGUGUAUCUGAUUUAGAUUAUUAUUUUGUGAAAGUUAAUGUGUUUAUUAACUGUGAGAGUUUUAAUGAUUUCUAUGGUUACCCUUAAGAUAGUGGCCGUGUUAGUUGAGAACAAAGUCAUUUUGUUUUGGUCUAAGUCACAUAUGCACUCUUCGUUUUAUAUAAUGCAUAAUCUUACUUGUUUUGAAUAGCAAUUGUCACAUAUUCCAUAUUUUUGAAUGAGCAAUACAUGUUUGUGUAAAUUUUAGUGUCUAUUAACAAGUUUAAAGUUAAAGAGAUAGGAAUAAGACUGUAUGAAGAUCUCAAAGCAUCAACAAAAUUCAUGUCAUGUUCAGUUUAUAUAACAACAUAUUAUUUAUUUGUCAUCCACGCUUUUGUGACUUAGAAAUAGAUACUUAUGUUUGUUAACAUAUUUUGUUAUUUUGUUCUUAUUAAUUUAAUAACAAAUAUUUGAAAUAAAUAUUGCUUUGAUUAAUAA